CGGCUCUUGUGGUGACGGAACGAGUCCACUCCUAUAACAUUUUAUUUUCCCUUUUUCAUUUGUUUUGUGGAGGAAAAAAAAGAAAAGAAAAAGGAGUACAAGUAAGAUUCACAUCCGUCUACAGUAUUCCCUGUCAGACUAAUACAGAUCAUAACCUUGUGUGAUUUACGCUUGUAUCCGGAUUUGGUUGUAUUAGGUAAGGAGUACCUCACUAGAGCCUGAGCUUUCUAGCUAGCUAACGUGUGUUGAUAAUACCCUGCGAUACAACCUCGAGACAAGUCGCAACAAGACCAGUCUCAGGGCUCACCAUACUCAAUGAGCGUACAGCGCAAUGUCAGAGCGCUCUGGGCAAACAGCAAAGGGGAAGGAUGGCAAAACCAAGUAUGCAUCUCUCAACCUGUUUGAUACCUACAAAGGAAAGAGCCUUGAAACACAGAAGCCUGUUGUUGCCCCUCGUCAUGGCUUGCAGUCUCUUGGUAAAGUUGCCUCUGCUCGGCGUAUGCCCCCCCCAGCCAACCUGCCCAGUCUGAAGGCGGAGAAUAAAGGCAACGACCCCAACGUCUCGCUCGUUCCCAAAGACGGCACAGGAUGGGCAAGCAAGCAGGAACAAGCAGACCCAAAGAGUACCGAUGUAUCUUCAGCUCCGCAGCCGGAGUCGCAGCCGCCUGUGGCUUCACAGACACCUGUGUCGAGCCUGCCGAGAACACCUCCAGCUCAAGAGGCCCAAAGUACAGCUCUAGUCGCAGGGGCAAGAUCCUGGGCUCAGGCCGGUGUUACACUUGGAGUACAAGGAGAUGGUGGAAAGGGAUCAAACCAACCGUCGCCAUUCUCUCGCGAGGAAUUUCCCACCCUGCAGGCGGCGGGAGACCAGGACAGAGCUGGCAGAGAACAGGCCACUGCCGAUCAGUGGUAUGGGCCAGGACCAAGCCUCCGCCCCCAGAACGUUACGAGUUGGCGGGAUGGUGGGGGCCGUGCACUGGCACCCACCAUUGUGGGGGAGGGGGUAGCAGAAGGUGGUGCAGGGGGAGCCAUGGUGACGGACGGUGCUGCGGGUGUUCCUCCCCUGCAGAACCCGCCCUCCCAUGGGCCGCCUAGAAAUCCUCCUGCCGGCAGCCCCACCCUCCCUCUCCCCCAGCCCCCUGUGGGCCCGCAGUUCCCUCCUUACAGGGGAAUCAUUCCCCCCUUCAUGUACCCGCCCUACCUGCCUUUCCCACCUCCUUAUGGACCACAGGGCCCUUACAGGUAUCCUCCACCUAAUGAGGCCCCUAGGUUCCCUCGUUCACAAGGUGGACUGGGACCAGAGCUGAGGCCCCCUGGUGGUCCUCGUGGUGGUGAAGUGGUCAAACGGCCCUCCAUCCUCAAACAGGAUGACCUCAAAGAACUGGAUGAGCUUGACCAUGAUGGAGAUGAGGGCUGGGCUGGGGCACAGGAGGAGAUUGACUAUUCCGCCAAGCUGAAAUUCAGUGAUGAUGAAGGAGAAGACGACGGGGAGGAGGAGAAGACGGAAGGCAAGAAUGGAGCUCGGGAGCAGCAGAAAUCCCAGGAAGGACCUGCCCCGGCUUUACGUGCCCGACUGUCUGACGUUGGAGCUGACACUCGCCGCACCUCUCCUUCCGGCACCGACGAGGCCCCUCCACCGCCCUCCGGCAAGCCAACAUGGGCCGAGGAGGGUGGGAGUGGCUGGGGCAGUCACGCAAACGCUGCACACUACCAGGAUCGGCCCCCGACCCAGACAGCCUCGGCUAAGCCACCUGGCGCCACGGCACAGCAACCCAGCGGGCCUGCUGCACCCGCCUCAAGUCCGCUGCUCGCCCAGCCGCAUGGUGGUGACGACGAGGACGAGACCUGGCGCCAGCGGAGGAAGCAGUCAUUGUCGGAGAUCUCAGCAGCAGUGGAGCGAGCCCGGCGUCGGCGCGAGGAAGAGGAGCGCAGGAUGGAGGAGGAACGGCGCGCUGCCUGCGCUGAGAAGUUGAAGAGGCUUGACGAGAAAAAGCACCAACAGCAGCAGCAGAGUGUCAAGCCCAGCACCGCCGGGGAGGUCUCGGCAGGCAGUCCAAGCCCCUCCCUGCCCACCUCCAUCUCCUCGUCCAGUGCCAGCCAGCCCCCGUCGCCAUGUGUGGACAUGGAGGAGCCACCCCUCCAACCCCCUCAGGCGGGCGGUGCCACACUGGGACUCAGCGCCAACAACAGGCAGAGGGCAGGAAGCAACAGCAGCUACGACUCCAACACUGAGUUGCCGCAGGUUGCUCCACCCCUUGUUCCCCACCCACAUCAGCCCCUGGAAGUCUCUGGACCAGGGGAAAUGAAGGAGGAGCCUGUGGCAGUCGCUGCGCACGUACGCAGUGUCCGGGGCGGAGAGGAUUCUGUGAAGGCUGAGGCCAUGUCGGGGGUAGUGGGGGGCACGUCGGUGGCAGUUGGCCGGCAGGGCAGCGGAAUGCUGAGCCAGGGCUUCUCCAAGUACCAGAAGUCCCUGCCACCACGCUUUCAGAGGCAGCAGCAGGAGCAGCUCCUCAAACAGCAGCAACAGUGGCAACAGCAGCACAGCCAGGCAGCCCAAGCACAGCUCCAGUCUCAGACCCCCCAGCAGGGCUCGUCUCCCGGCACAGCCCAGCCGGCUGGCCCCAAGCAGCCUGCCCUUUACCCGCCUGGCUCCAUGGGACGUCCCCCGCCAUCUCUGCCCAUGAACUUUGACCCUCGCUGGAUGAUGAUGUCCUAUAUGGACCCUCGCUUAAUGCAGGGUCGUCCCCCACCGAUGGACUACUACUCGGCCAGCAUGCACCCCACUGGGUUGAUGAGUCGAGAGCGGUCUGAUUCCGGUGGCUCAGGAUCCGACCCCUUCGACAGGCAACAGCACGCAGGUCCCCCUCAUCCCCAUCGGGGUACACCCCCCAUGGAUCCUAAACUGGCCUGGGGACCAGACGUUUUCCCAGGGGCCAGUGAGGGCCGAGGUCUGAGUUCCCCCCUAAGGCAGAAACAGACUCUGGAAGAGGAGGACCUGGGCAAAGGGCCACGGUGUGACACUCCACCUGUUCGCAUGGGAGCUGUUGGCCCCAUCCAACCCCCUGGUGUGACCCCGAACUCCCCUUCUGGCUCCUCUGAUCAGACUGCAUCACCUGUAGGGACUCAGGUUGGAUCCCAGGGAGGAGGCCAUCGCCAGUCCUUCUUAGGAGGGCGGGGAAAUUACAGCAGCUUCCCUGAUGGAUCCAGGAUGGCCCAUCAGCAGAGAGGCACCAGUGCUGGAGAGCUACGCAACUUUGGUCAUCCAGAUGAAGGCACUCAUGGUGACCAACCAAGUCAAAUCUGGGGUGGUCCGCAUCCCCACUUUGACCGCAAUGGCCGUGCUGAGCUUUCCUCCCUGGAGAGCAACCCCGCCCACCUGCAGCAUCACCACGCCCACCCCCAUCAUCCCCCUCAUUUCUCUAUCCAUCCACACAAGCAAGAGAAUGGGAGAGAGCGAGAGAGAGGAGGAGGAGGAGGAGGAGGAGGAGAGACCAAGAAGAGUGAAACUUCCCCUCCUCUUCCCCAGCCAUCCAUUUCUUCCUCCUGCUCAUCCUCUACCUCAUCAUCUUCGGCGAGGGAUGAUGGUGGCGGGAAACAGUUGCUACAUCACCCCCCUCCCCAUCAGGAGCACGGGACUGGGAGCGUUGGGGCUCGAAAGCAGGACAAGGCAGGAGGUGCGUACACCCAUCCGCAGCCCUCCCUGCAUUCAGUGCAGCAGCAGCACCACCCCAAGGCUAACCCGCGUGGCCGUGAGCAAAAGACUGAAACCCAGUGGGGGCCAAGGCCCGGAGGCAGCAGCGUGAGUGGUGGCACUGUGCAUAACAGGAAGACGGUCUCCGGAUUGGGCACAAAUGCAGGAGUGGAAGACUCUACCAAUCAGUUGACAGACAAGCCCGCUGUUCAAUCUGGCAGCGGUAACCUUAACAAGCGGGCGGGGCCAAUCAAGCGGCCUGUGCUGAAGGAAAUGAAGAAGGAGGGUGGCGAAGGGGAGGGUGCAGAAAAAAGCACUGGAGUGUCCGUUAAAGAUAAGGAGCAGGACGCCGGUCAGGUGUCAGUCAAGCCAGAGUUGUCCUCAGGUUCCCAGCCCUCUGUACCGUGUGGGAAGGAUGAACCGGCACCGGCAGGGAAGCCAAGAAAUGGUGGAAAGGAGCGCAGUGUGGGCGGAGUCAUUGGGAAAGGAUCUAAAGAGGCGGAAAGCUCUGUGCAAGCUGCUGGUUACUCAGUGCCACCAUCUAGAAGGGAGAGGGAGCGUUCCUAUGAAAGAAGUGGUAGUGGAGGGGCCACUACUUAUCAUGCAAGCUCCUCCCGGGGUGGUCGAGCAAGCCGAGGAAGGGCGGAGUUCUAUGGGCGAGGCAGGGGCUACCGGGGCACUUACACAGGCAGCACUCGGGGCAGGGCCGGGGGCAGAAGCAGCCGCGACUAUCGGCCAGCUGCCAACAGUGGCUACCAGCAAGGCUCCUCUAACCAAGACUACAAAAGGGAGGUGUCAUCUGGCAGACAUGGCCAGGGUGGUGGUCAGCCCAACCCCGGACGCGCUAGGAAUCACAGCGAGACCCGGAGUGAGGGGUCAGAGUACGAGGAGGUGCCGAAAAGGAGGAGGCAGCGUGGGUCCGAGACAGGCAGUGAGAGUGCCGCCAGCGACCUGGCACACUCUGACAGGGAGGAUCGCAAGGUGAACACCAAGAAAGUGACAGGGGGAGAGAACCCUUCAAUGGGCACCUCCACCACUUCAGCUCCUCCCAGGAACAUCCAAGCCAGGGUGUUCACACCUAGGGGAGUGCCCUCAAGACGUGGUAGGGGUGGUGGGGGCACUGGCACAGGUGCCUACAGAAGCACUGGCAAUGCCGGAGUAAAUGGCAUACACCGUUCUGGGUCCGGUUCGUCUUCUCACAGUUUGUCUGCGAAAACCUCUGCAUUGGUCCGAAAACAACAGUUGCCUAUGCAACCUUCCCCUCUGAAAGAACCGGGUCGUGGACCUGUUGGGGACAAGAAAGAGAAGACUCCCGAGCCAAGCCAAUCUCAGAACCAGGGAGUAAACUCUUCAGUACCCUCUGCUCCCUCUGUGCCCACAACUGCUCCUCAGGGCACUGAAAACGGAGGCGUGGCCCGGCCAUCCUCAGGCAACCCCACUUCCAAUUCUAUUGGCUCAUCUACCAAGCCAUUCCCUCUGCAUAAUGCAGAUGGGCGGAGCUUCCCACAUAGGGGGUUUGAGCGACCCCCUCGUCGCAAGCGCCAUGGCCGAUCCCAUCAGCAGCAAGACAAACCUCCCAGAUUCCGUCGCCUGAAGCAGGAGCGGGAAAAUGCAGCUCGUAUCAAUGGAAGCAGUGGAAUCCUCGAAUCCGUGGGUGGACCACAGCAGCGCUCUGCUUCACCAUCCCAGAAUUCUGUGCAGGAAACAGACGGCACACCCAACAUGUCCACUGCCACUGGAGUCGUAAAUGCAAACCACAGCAUCUCAUUAACCACCAAUAACAAUAACAAUAGCCAACAUGGGAGUGGAAACCUGAAUUUGAAUAGCCACCAUCACUACCACAGCAACUCUGCCUUGCCCCACCCUCAGCACCACCACCACCACCACCACAACCCUGCUGGUGGCACCAAGUCCCCUGAUGUCUCAAACCAGAACUCCGACCAGGCCAACGAGGAGUGGGAGACCGCCUCAGAAAGCAGUGACUUUACAGAGUUCCGAGAGAGGGAGGGUGGAGGAGGCAGUAAAUCCUACUCCUCCUAUCACCACCACCACCACCCUCCGGGAAGAGGAGGCGGGGGAGGGGGAGGUGCUGAGAGAGAGAUAACUACUAAAGAAUCGGCCGCCAACAAGAGAAGCUUCUCCAGCCAGCGGCCGGGAAUGGAGAGGCAGAAUCGGAGGGUCAGUACUGGUGGCAGUGGAGGUAGGGGCCCCAGAGGUCCACCGGGUGGUGGUGGUGGUGGUGGUGGUGGUGGGCCAGGGGGAGUAGGCGGCAACAGUGGGGCCAACCGUGGUGAGAGACGUGGCAACUGGCCCUCUCCCAAGAACAAGAAGUGAACUCCCCCAC